UGUGCCACGCUCGCUUUCGUCGAGUGGAAGAUGACGACGCGCCCGCGGUGGCGGUGUGUGGAUGCGCAGACUCCCGGCAUAUCAAAAUCCGCACUCCCCAUUGGCCGGCCUCAUAUCCCCUUAUCCGCUUCGCCACCCGCGGUCUCGCCCACCACCCGCUCCGGCCGGCUCUUGCGCUAGCUGCAUGCUCGCGCCGCCCUCCUCUCCAUCAUCCAGUGCUCUCUCCUCUUGCGAUUCGCUCGCUCGAUCCUAGCUUCCCUUCCCAGAAGCGCAGCGCCCAUGGCCAUGGCCAUGGGGCACCGCCAGUCGGGCAGCUGCGCAAAGGUGAGGCCCGGCGGCAUCGGCAUCGGCAUUGGCAUGGGCAUGGUGUCCAAGCAGCACCAAAGAACACCGCCGCCGUCCUCUUACUGUCUACACCUCCACCACAUCCUCUACCUUAGACCUGUCGCCAGCAGCCACCACUUGACGCGCCACUCCGUCGACGUCACCAAAGACGACAAGCCGCUUGAGCCGCUGCCGCCGGCGGCUGCAGAGACAGAGAGCACGCAGCAGCAGGAGGACGAGGAUGGCGGGCCAAAGCUGGACCCGAGGCGGUUCGAGGAGAAGUUCGCGGUGCUGAACACGGGGGUCCACGAGUGCCAGUCCUGCGGGUACCGCUACGACCAGGCGGCGGGGGACCCGUCGUACCCAGUGCCGCCGGGCCUCCCCUUCGCGCAGCUGCCCGAUGACUGGCGGUGCCCCACCUGCGGCGCCGCGCAGUCCUUCUUCGAGAGCAAGAGCGUGGAGAUCGCCGGGUUCGCGCAGAACCAGCAGUUCGGGCUGGGCGGCAACUCCCUCACCUCCGGCCAGAAGGGCCUGCUCAUCUACGGUAGCCUCCUCAUCGGCUUCCUCUUCUUCAUCUCCGGCUACUUCCUGCAAUGAUGACGCCAACAACGACUCUUUCUGAUCUGAUCUUCUUUCCGUUUGUGUGAAUAGAAUACUUCGUCCGUGCAUGUACUCCUCCCCACUCCCAGGGAACAACAUUCAUCAUCAAUCGACUAUAAACUCUUGGUUUUAGAUUUUUUUGAUUU